GUGCCGAUCCACAAUCCUUACCCUCGAAGCCUUACAAGGGAAGAUUUUGUCAGUAUGUGAAUAUCUGCCUUUUUACAGAAGACAAGAGGGUGGCACGUGAUGUUGCAUAUGAUCACAAAAAUUCACCAAAACUGCUCACAUCACCAUGCUCUCCAACUUCCAAAACGGUCUCCCAUCUUUUUCUCUUCUCUUAGCUCUCUUUGACCUAUAAAUAUCACUAUUUUCUUCCUCACCCGCCUUGCCUUACCGUUUCAUUUGCGUUGACAUUUUUGUAUUCCAAAGCCAUAAAUUGUUGCAAAUUCUGGAGCAUCAAGAAAAUGAAGAGGCAAGGAAGUAAUUUAGAUGGUGCCACCACGCUGCAGGCUGGAAAAAAUGAAGGCAAAAAGAAGAGCCAGAGAGCUGUAGAAGCCAAGGAAGAAGACGGGAAGAAGAAUGAAGGAGAACCAGCAGUGUUUACGCUGAAGAAUUUUUUGGGGUGGGAGGAAUGGCCGUGGUUAAGAGGUGCUGCGGAUGAGCAAAUGUCAUGGGGUGCGGUCUGGUCGCCUUUGUGGGAUGUUGAUUUUGUUGACAAGGCUUAUGGUUCAUUGUUCAGUGAUGUUGCUUGGGAUGAUGAUAUUUGGAACUUGAAGACAGUCAUGGAGAUACCAAAGCCAUGAGAGAAAGAAAAAAAUAGGAACAGAGAGAGACAGAGUUUGGCAAUUUUUCACUUAUAAAAUUAACAAAAUGAAGUUCGAUGUCUUUGGUUGUUGUCUUUAGAUAUUUCUAAUUUGGGCUGGAAACAGUGCAGCUGUUGGUCAGCUUCUUCAUAUGAUUGCUUUGUUAGCAGAUACAAAUUAGUAAACCAGAAUCAGCUGCAAUAUUGGCUAAACCUGGCGAGAGAUGGAAAGAAGUGAGAGAGAACUAAAGCCUGCCUUAACAGAUAGAGAUAGCAACCAUAUUCACCUUGGUCUUUACAUUGUCCAAUUUUACUUUUAUAUGUAAGUUGCUAUUAACAUUGUUUCCCCUUCUCAUUUUAAUCUUUACUAUACGACUGUAAUCAGGGCUGUAGAUGCGAGACUUAUAAUAGGUUGUUGCCAAUUGAGAAAUGUUACACAGCAGUACUUUCAAUUAUCAAAAGAAAUGGUAGCAGUAAUGAAGAGCGGAUGCUCAAUCCACC